UUUUGCGCCAACACAGCGAGGUGCAUUGUUGUGUGUUCAUUUUCGUUUGUUACAAUGUAGCGUUGAAUUAAAUUAAAUUAAAUAAUUUAUAUAAUUAUUCUUUUUCAACAUCUUAAAUUAAUCACUUACUGUGAUAAAUAAAUAAAAAUGUCAAAAGUAAAAGUUACUGCGGAAUGGAAAAAAAGAGUGAGAUCGGAAUACAUGAGACUCCGCCAAAUGAAAAGAUACAAGCGUGCUGAUGAAGUGAAAAUAGCAUGGAAUCAAAAUCGCAAAGUUAUGACAGAUCUGCUGGUGACAGAGCAAAAGCGCUGGGCAGAUGGCAAAGCAACGUGGGUGACCAUGCAAGAUGUCCCAGCUCACGUGUCCUGCAUGAAAAAAGCCGAAGUGACGAGCUCUGAAUCCGAAAACCAGACUUGUCCGGUUAAAAUCAUCAACGCAGUUACUCCCAUUCCUACUAUGUACACUUGGGCUCCAAUCCAGCAGAAUUUCAUGGUGGAAGACGAAACCGUGCUGCAUAAUAUUCCGUACAUGGGCGACGAGAUUCUUGACCAGGAUGGGACGUUCAUCGAAGAACUUAUUAAAAAUUAUGACGGCAAGGUUCACGGUGACAGAGAGUCAGGUUUUAUGGACGACUCAAUAUUCAUUGAUCUCGUAAAAGCAUUGAUUACCUACGAAAAAGAGGACAAAGAACGCGAGCCAACACGCAAAGUUCGUGAUAAAGAGGAUAAAGAUAAGAAAGAAGACGCUCGUGGGGAUAAAACGGACACCAAGGAUAUAAAACCUGUAGGACGUUCUCCAACCAUGCAAAUUUUCAACGCCAUCUCAAGCAUGUUUCCUGACAAAGGAAGUCCAGUUGAGUUGAAGGAAAAAUACAUCGAAUUAACCGAACGCUCAGAUCCAAAUGUACUUCCUCCAGAGUGUACUCCAAACAUUGACGGUAUCAAUGCUAAGAGUGUACCAAGAGAACAAGUCAUGCAUUCAUUCCACACGCUGUUUUGUCGCAGAUGUUUUAAAUAUGAUUGUUUCUUACAUCCAUCCAGGGAAGCAUCACCGCAAGGCUUACAAGUUUGUCAUCCGGGACCGAAUCUGCAGAAGAGAAAGGGACCAGAUUUGAAACCGUUCUCCGAGCCGUGUGGAAGCGAGUGUUAUAUGCAUCUAGAGGGAGUGAAGGAAAAAUUAGCGGCUCAGGCUGCUGAUAAUAAGGAUGACGAAGGUGAUGAUAAACGCGGACCACGGAAGGUGAGGAAACAGGCGAGUGUUGAUUCUGGCAAUGAGGCUAGCAGUGAGGACAGCAAUGACAGUAAUAAGUACAGUCAGAAUGGAAAUUGUCAAGUUAAAAUUUCGCCAACAGAUUUCAAGCAAAAUGUAAACCACGAAUCUGAAAAAACAGAAAAAACCGAAGAAGAAGAUCAAGCACAACCAGACCACCAGUCGCCAUUUAUGCUCCUGGGUCUGGACAAGCGUACAAAGCAAGAGAGUCAAUUUACAUGGACUGGAUCGGAGCAAAGUGUCUUCCGAGCUCUCUACAAAGCAUUCCCCGGUAACCCAUGUGCUCUCGCUCAAAUAAUGUUAACCAAAACUUGCAAAGAGGUUUACGAAUUCGCGCAAAAAGAGGCUCACGACAUUCCAGCAGUGGAGAGUCUUAAAGAUUACACUCCACCGCGCAAGAAGAAGAAGAAGCACCGUCUCUGGUCAAUGCACUGCAGGAAAAUCCAGCUGAAGAAAGAUUCGGGUGCGAACCACGUUCACAACUUUGCACCUUGCGACCAUCCCGGUAGACCUUGUGACAACUCGUGUCCUUGCAUCCAAGCCCAGAAUUUCUGCGAGAAAUUCUGCCAGUGCUCCACAGAGUGCCAGAACAGAUUCCCCGGCUGUCGCUGCAAAGCGCAGUGUAAUACCAAGCAGUGUCCUUGCUAUCUUGCUGUGCGAGAGUGUGAUCCUGAUUUGUGUCAGACUUGCGGAGCUGAUCAGUUCCAAGUCACUCAGAUAUCCUGCAAAAAUGUCAGCGUCCAGCGUGGACUCCACAAGCAUCUUUUGAUGGCGCCGUCGGAUGUCGCAGGCUGGGGAAUUUUCCUCAAGGAGUCGGCUGUUAAGAAUGAAUUUAUCUCGGAGUAUUGCGGAGAAAUUAUCAGUCAGGAUGAAGCUGAUAGAAGGGGAAAGGUCUACGAUAAAUAUAUGUGCAGUUUUCUCUUCAAUCUUAAUAAUGAUUUUGUGGUGGAUGCAACGCGCAAGGGCAACAAAAUCAGGUUCGCUAAUCACUCGAUCAACCCCAACUGCUACGCGAAGGUAAUGAUGGUCAACGGUGACCACAGGAUUGGAAUUUUCGCCAAGCGGGCUAUUCAACCCGGCGAAGAAUUAUUCUUCGACUACAGAUACGGACCAACCGAACAGCUUAAAUUCGUCGGAAUUGAACGAGAAAUGGAAUUCCUGUAAUUUAUAUUACAUAGUUGUAAAUACAUCGUUUAGUUGACCAGUUAAUAGUUAAUUGCUUAAUUUAUCUGUCUAAUUAAUCUAGACAUUUUUAAAGUCUCUAUAUUUUUAGAGAAAAGAGUCUAUUGAUUUUCUGAUAAAAAUUUACAUUUACAAUGUAAAUAAUUUAUCGGCCUUUAAAGUUCGCUAGUAAUGAAAUUUUUAUACCUUUAUUUACUGCUCCGGCACUAUUGAUCAUUCCCAAGUGCUCGAUGCCUUUAGAUGUGUUCAUGUUCAUCAUUUUUAUGACUUACAUUUUAUAAAAAAUGUAUCGUCGUUUUAUAAUCAAUUUUUUUUAUCAAUUUUUACGAUAAAAAUUUAAACAUU